AUCACACACACGGUCACAUUGUAUCAUUAUAAUUAUGAACGAAGAACUGAAUUUUAUAAACAAAGAUUUAAACAAUGUUCUACAGCAACUUGUCAACGACAAAACACACGACAUGGGUGCCGAUGUGCAACAGCGAAAGGAAAAAGUGGCCAUGUUGAUCAAACUACAUGUGCGACACCUGCAACAGACGGUGAUUACGCAUCGCCGCCGUCGCCAGCAGCGAGCACGACGACGUCUUAAACAGAUGCGUUCGUUCUUCAUGCAACAGAUGAUACAGCUGCAGUCGAAGUACAUGCACAUGUUUGCCAUGCUGCGCCUUAAGCACGCCCAACUAGACAAUCUGGAUGAGGAGGAGCCAACUGCACUCAAUUCCGAAUCCCCGCCAGCUGAAAUUAUACCCACAGCGCACUCCGAGUUCUGGGAGCUGACUGUGCCGCAGUUCAGCGACGAACAGUUCCUCAACAGCUUACAUGUAACCCGCAGCACUUUCCAGAUGCUCUGCAGCCAAUUGGCCCCGACGCUGCAAUCGGUGCCCGAGCUAACUUCGCCCCACUUGGAGCAUAUCUCUGCUGAGAAAUGUGUGGGAUUGGCGCUCUACUUCCUAGCCAGCGGUGAACGCAUCUCCAUCAUAUCGGAGCAGUUUGCACUACCACGAGCACGCACCAUCAAGUGCUUGAAGGUCUUCUGCAAUGCAGUGAUGAGCAGCCUGGGCAAAGCGUUGCGUCUGCUGCCCCAAAGCCAAACGGAUUGCUCAAAUGUCUUGGCCGGAUUCCGCAGGGAAUGCAACAUGCCAGCUGCUCUAAUUGGUGUGCUCGCCGUCUGCUGCAUUCCACUGCGUGGCAAGGGGAAGGGACAAGGUGAUGCCACGCUACGCAUGGAGUUUCUCCUGGACGAUCGUAUGCUGUUCCGUGAACUGCAGCUGGGGAAUGCAAGUGGCAACAGGGCGCCAUUGACACCGCUAUUCGCGCACGCUCCCAAUCCUUUGUCGCAAUUGCCGCUGCGUUGCAUCAAUGGGCGUGAGGUGCCCACCUUUGUGCUGGCUCCCGUUCAUCAAAAUUAUCCCUUGAGACCUUGGCUGCUGCAGCAGUAUACGGAUCCUGUGGCGCCGCACGAAUACGAUUUCAAUGAGGUUGCCGAUCAUCUGCAGGAGCUCAGUGAUUGUGCCCUACAUAGGCUGAUGUCACGUUGGCGUUUCCUUAGUCAACCACUAGACAUCAGUUUCCAGACCGCUUCUUGCAUCAUUACGGCGGCCACCGUGCUGCACAAUCUGCUCGAGGAGCUCAGCGAACCACACAUGCUCGAGUGGGGCAAUAGUGUGGACGUCUCCAGGUUCAGGCCACCGCCCAUUUUCCUAAAUCAGCCAGACAGCAAUGAGGAUUCAUUACGUGCUUUAGAUGUGCGGGAUUUUCUCGCGAGGACAAUUAGCUCUACGGAAAUGUAAUAGGCAAUUAUAUUGGCGGAUUGUAAAUAGUUUAGCUAAUAAAAGACAUAUUUAUCUGUAUGCGAAGAUUCUUUAAUUUGAUAUUUAAAACUUGAACGAAUCACCUUUACGGAUUCUUUCGAUGGUGGAGA